AUGAGGGCUGUGGCCAUUGCUAUUGCGAGCACUUUGCUCUGUGCCGGGCCAGCUACCACACAGGGUGCUACCACUGCUACCACUGCCGCUAGUUCUACCUCUUGGAGGAGCAUCCCUACUCUCCCCAGUGAUGUCAACAAAGGGAGGAAACUGCUGGCGAAUCUAGAAGACCCCAAUGCGAAGGAUGCCCAAAGGCUCUGCCCCGGAUAUACUGCCAUCAACAUUCGGAACUGUCCGGGGGGGUUGAGUGCUCGUUUGGUGUUGUCUGGUGCGAAUUGCAAUGUUUAUGGGACUGACAUUGAGUUUGUUUUAUUCCCCCUAUAUUGCACGCUAGUUUUGUGACCGGUAACCGGGCUAAUCACGCCCCCGUAGUCAACUCGACCUUCGAGUAUUGUUUGGGCCGGAAUCUCGGCUCAAUGUUCGAAUCCUGCCGGCCGAGAUACCAGAAGAACAGGAGUCCUGGUACGAUACUAACGAGGAUUAUCUAACAAGGACGGUUAAGGGAGUUCAUUUCAACCCAACAAAUUCCCAUUUUGGCUUCCAGCUCAACAGUUCGCCAUUUGAAUUCUCUGUUGUGAGGAAGAGUACCGGCGAUAUCCUGUUCUCUACCAAAGGAAACAAAUUGGUCUUCGAAAAUCAAUUUCUUGAAUUCCGCACAGAGUUACCGGAGAAGUACAACCUUUAUGGGUUAGGCGAGGUCAUGCACAGCAUCAGACUCGGAAAUAACUAUAAUCGCACACUCUAUGCAACAGAUGUGAAGUAUAUAAUUCUUACGCCUCUCUCUAUAUCUCGUUCUAGUUGCUCACUCGUUACUUCAGUGAUCCACUUGACGAGAAUCUUUAUGGAUCUCAUCCUUUCUACUAUGAACAUCGCUACGCUACACUGGAGGAUGGUUCAAAGAAAGGAUAUGCUCAUGGUGUAUACCUCCGUAACCUCCACGGCCAAGAUAUCCUCUUGCGCGAGAAAUCGCUCACAUGGCGUACCAUCGGUGGAAUGGUCGACCUGACAUUUUACUCCGGACCCACUCCUACGGACGUCAUUGCAGAUCAUGUGAAAGCAGUGGGAUUACCAGCGAUGCAACAAUAUUGGACACUAGGGUUCCAUCAGUGCCGGUGGGGAUACUAUAAUGUGUCUGAUCUCGAGGGUGUCGUCGAGACGUAUAGGGACUUUAAUAUCCCCCUGGAAACAAUUUGGAGUGAUAUUGAUUACAUGGAUCAGUCAGUUUCCUUACCCCUUUGGUAGCCUAUUUAAUCCUAACAAGCGCAGAUACCGCGAUUGGACCAAUGACCCAGUAACAUACAGCCUCAACGCCUUCUCCGCGUUCCUGGACAAAAUCCAUGAGAAUGGUCAACACUUUGUGCCAAUUUUUGAUGCCGGAAUCUACAUCCCGAACCCCAACAAUGCCUCGGACGCUUACUCUUACUACGAUGCUGGCAUCGCUGCGGACGCCUACCUCAAGAACCCCAACGGGAGUCUUUACAUUGGCGCCGUCUGGCCCGGUUUCACCGUUUUCCCUGACUGGUCCGCACCCGGAACCCAAGACUGGUGGACAGACUCCUUCCAAAAAUGGCACAAAGAAGUAGAAUACGAUGGCAUCUGGCUUGACAUGAACGAAGUGUCAUCAUUUUGCGUCGGGAGCUGCGGUAGCAAGAAUAUCACUCAGAACCCCGUACACCCUCCAUUUUCCCUCCCCGGAGAGCCCGGAAAUCUGAUUCUGGAUUACCCCGAGGGCUUCAAUAAUACCAAUGCCACGGAGGCUACGAGCGCGACCGCUGCAAUUGAGGCCAGAAACUCGGCUAAUGCCGCCAAGGCUGCUGCUGUCGGACCCAUGUCUAUGGCUAUGCCCUUUGUUUCCCAAGUUACCCCUGGGGUCGAUAUAAGGGCAAUUAAUUACCCGCCGUAUGUUAUUAAUCAUGUGCAGAAUGGACACGAUUUAGCGGUUCACGCAGCUUCACCAAAUGCGACACAUUCGGACGGAAGUUUGGAGUACGAUAUGCAUAAUUUAUGGGGUGAGCGGAUCCCCGGGCAACGAGGAUACGGGGACAUACGCUAACCUUUUAGGCCAUUUGGAAACUAAGGCAACCUACAAAUCUCUGCUGAAGGUGUUCCGAGGGAAGAGACCGUUCAUCAUUAGUCGCUCUACUGCCCCUGGAACUGGUGCUUGGGCUGGGCAUUGGGGUAAGCCACUCCCGGCCCAAUAUGGGGGAAAUAAGCUUUACUAAUUCGAAAGUCACAGGUGGUGAUAAUGCUAGCAAGUGGUUCUACAUGGCUUUGUCAAUUCCUCAGGCAUUGAGCUUCUCCAUGUUCGGCAUCCCUAUGUUCGGUGUCGAUGUCGGUGCCUACUAUCCUCCUCCUUGCGGUCAAUACUAACUUCAAUCUAGACCUGCGGUUUCAACGGAAACACUGAUAUGGAGCUUUGUGCCCGUUGGAUGCAACUCUCAGCAUUCGUACUUGCCCUUCCUAGCCCCCACCCCCCUGCCUGUUUCGAGAGCUCCCUUACUCACACCCGCAGUUUCCCUUCUACCGAAAUCACAAUGUCCUCUCCGCUAUUCCCCAAGAAGCCUAUCGCUGGGCAGCUGUCGCUGACGCCUCCCGCACGGCAAUGGCAAUUCGCUACAUGCUCCUGCCAUACAUAUACACCCUCUUCCACCACGCACACACCGCCGGUGCAACCGUCAUGCGCGCCCUAUCUUGGGAAUUUCCAGAUGAUGAAUCGCUUGUCGAGAUCGACCGCCAGUUUAUGCUAGGUCCGGCAAUCAUGGUCGCUCCGGUGUUGGACCAGAGCGCAAAUUACACCAAUGCUACGUUUCCAGGUGGGGAGAACGAGAAGUGGUACGAUUGGUACACGCACGAGGCCAGAAAUGGAAGUGAGGGAAAAUUGGUAGACUUAAAAGCACCGUUGGGACACAUUCCGGUGUUUAUUCGGGGGGGUAAUGUUUUGGCUUUGCAGGUUUGUUAAUAUUACCCGAGGUCCGGGCCGGGUUCUAACCGGAGAAUAGCAUCCGGCAUACACAACCGCAGAAUCUCGUAAGAACCCUUGGGACGUCCUCGUCGCAUUGGAUUCUGAAGGAGAUGCAUCUGGAGAUUUGUACCUUGAUGACGGAGAAAGCCUUGUUCAGGAGAAGACUGCUUUCAUAACUGUAUGACUGCCACGCAAGUCCCCCUGUGCUUGAAUUCAGCGCUAACAGCCCCCCAGCUUGAAGCAACAAACUCCCUCCUCAACAUAUCGCGAAAGGGGCAAUUGACCUCCACCGAAGCGCUAUCUUCGGUUACAAUCCUGGGAGUAUCAAAGAAGCCUAAUCAAAUCAGAUUUGGAAAGGCAAAACUUGACAAUUGGAGCUGGAGAGAGAGUAGUCAAGUUCUGAAGGUGAGGGGGCUCGAGGGAGUGACGAAGGGAGGGGUGUGGAGUAAAGAGUGGGAGCUGAGCUGGUAGUAAAUAGUUCUUUUUUCCUAUUUUCUUAAAUUUUUUUAUUAGACACUAGUUUAGGUGCGUGGGAGCCACUCGGAAUCCUCGUGCACCUUGGCUACCCGGGGGCAGAAUUACUCAGACAAAGUGACAAACAUAUCAGUGGUGAGGUUUUCCGAGCUAAUAGUUUUCCAUCGUCCCUGGAGCAAACGCAACUAAAACUAGUAGGAACCCCCCCGGAUUUUUUUCCCUCAUUUCAUAAUAUAUUUGUGUCUAGCAGUGCAGCAGAUUUAUUGUACAGUACGCUACUUUCGAUAGUAUUGCGGUAUCAUUGCAGCGCUGGCUGGUGGCUCCUGCGCAUGGAAAUGAUUGGAGCAUGCAGUAGGGCUGUGACACAGCAA